AUGGCAUCCGCAACUAACAAUUCAUCGGCUUCUAAUGAGGACUGGAAGUCUGGGCUACGCGCACCACCUAAAGAUGAUCGCCCUCAAACCGAGGACGUGACUGCUACCAAAGGGCUCGAAUUCGAGGACAUGGGACUCCGACGCGAAUUACUGAUGGGAAUUUUCGAAGCCGGUUUCGAGCGCCCCUCACCGAUCCAAGAAGAAGCUAUCCCCGUCGCACUCACUCGGCGAGACAUUCUGGCCCGCGCGAAAAACGGUACUGGUAAAACUGCAGCGUUCACUAUUCCUUCGUUACAGCAAGUCGACCCCACGAAACCCAAGAUCCAAGCAAUGCUUCUGACCCCUACUCGAGAACUUGCCCUCCAAACGGCCCAAGUUUGUAAAAACUUGGGGAAACACAUGGGCAUUAACGUGAUGGUUACGACCGGAGGGACCACCCUUAAAGAUGAUAUCAUCCGUCUCUCCGAGGCGGUCCACGUCUUGGUGGGUACGCCGGGUCGAAUUCUGGAUCUUGCCGGCAAGCAAGUGGCCGAUUUGUCCCAAUGUCGCGUGUUUGUCAUGGACGAGGCGGAUAAGCUGCUAUCGCCGGAAUUCACGCCAGUGAUGGAGCAAUUGUUGUCGUUUGUCCCGUCGGAUCGCCAGGUUAUGCUUUUCAGCGCGACGUUCCCGAUGAUCGUCAAGCAAUUCAAGGACAAGCAUAUGAAGUCCCCGCACGAGAUCAACCUGAUGGACGAGCUAACGCUACGUGGUGUAACUCAGUAUUACGCUUUUGUGGAGGAGCGCCAGAAGGUUCACUGCCUCAAUACAUUAUUUGCCAAGCUUCAAAUCAACCAAUCAAUUAUCUUCUGUAACUCGACGAACCGUGUCGAGCUAUUAGCCAAGAAGGUUACGGAACUUGGGUACUCGUGCUUCUACUCCCACGCAAAAAUGGUUCAAUCCGCUCGCAAUCGCGUUUUUCACGAUUUCCGCAAUGGCGUAUGCCGCAACUUGGUGUGCUCAGAUCUCCUGACACGUGGUAUCGACAUCCAGGCGGUUAACGUUGUGAUUAACUUUGACUUUCCAAAGCAUUCGGAAACCUACUUGCAUCGUAUUGGUCGCUCUGGCCGUUUUGGACAUCUGGGUCUGGCGAUCAACCUCAUUACUUACGACGAUAGGUUCAACCUAUAUCGCAUUGAGCAAGAGUUGGGGACGGAGAUCCAGCCAAUUCCAGCCGAGAUUAACAAGAGCCUCUACGUUGCGCCAAGUGCGAUUGACGAGCCUGCGGGCCAGGUUCCGAGCAACCGCGGCUCUGGACCCGAGUCUAACAACCGCUCGGGAACCAACGGUCAACCAACGGAUGGCAGCAGCCCCGUAAUGGCGGUGCACAUGGGGGUCAAGGCCGCGGGCAACCUAGGGGGGACAUCGUGGGGGAGGGCCCAACGGACGCGGUGCAGCUCCCCAGAGAUAAAUCGUGUGAACAAAUGA